AGACACAUGUUAACCCUCUUUAACCUUAAAGUUGUAGAGGACUUUUAGCAUGGGUUGACUUAAGGUGAGUCAUGCAAACAUGCUGGUUGAUUCGAGGUGGAGACCAACGAAAACAGACAACAGUAACGCCCAAUUACAUUUACAGACGCACACAAGACGUAAGGGGGCACCAAUAGAAACUCUCAUAUAUUAAAGUAGGCGUGGCGAACAGGCGUUACUCUCAACUAAAGAAGAGGCGUGUGGACAUGAGGCUAACGCAGGAGAAUUAAAUUAAGAUUAAUUUAACAAACGUAACAUGAUAAUAUAUUUGGCUGUUAAGAAAUAUUGUCUAUGAUACGUCGUUAAGGAUAUUAUUAUUAUUUCGAUUGAUUUAUUUACAGUUGUCGAGAUUGCUUUUCUGCGUUGAUAACUGGCUAGCUAACGUGAGUCUUGUUGAUCCGUUUAACGUUACACUGGCAAAUGUCAAACUGUCUGUUCAUCUAGUUGAGAUUACGAUAGCGUCUUAAAAUAUGAACGUUUUUAGAAUUGAUUUUCUCUCGUGCAUUUCAUAUGCCAAAUAAAGCAAACAGAACUGUGGCCAGCUACAUUGCAGCAAAAUAACUGCUCGUGCAUGUUUGACAUUGGGUUGCACUUGUUAUCUACAUGCCAGCGCCACAUGGAAACGUAUUCGUAUAGCAAAGCGUUUAUCAUAUGAUAGUUCAAAAGGUUUUAAUUCGAAGUCAGCACUUGCAAUCAGAAAGUCAAAUCCUCAUAGCGAGAGUGCGUAGUACUUGGUCAUAGGAUACAAAGAUGUUCCCCUCCGUCCAGCAUCGACCGUUGUGCAACAUAGGAGCAAGAGCUUUUCGACUCCAGAGUUUAAGUACUUGUAACUACAGUGGUGAGAUUGCAAAAACAAGUAGCAGAUCUUGGACUUUCUCGUGGAUGGGACAGCGCGUGGGCCUGCUCCUGUCAUGGCUCCAGAAGGCAGGAAGAGGAACCAGCAAACUGGCCUCCGAGAAGAAGAAAGAGAGACUCUUGUCUAUAUUUGCAAACCACUGUAGUUUCGUGACAGGCCAGAGGCUGAGAAGGGCUUUUCAAAUAGGAGAGCUGUAUUCAAACCUUUACUCCGAGAGAACCAGGUGGACACUCGUGGGCAGCAUAUGGCGACGCCUGCAGAGCAAACACACGCGCGCUGGAAAACUCAUAGCAGCCCUGGCUGGAGUCUUCAUGUGGGAGGAUGAGAAGAUUCGAGAUGAGGAGCUGAGAAGGUGUGCAUGGGAGCUGCAAGCACUGGAGGCUGUGACAGGGCUGAGCGAAUCCCCAAAGACGUCUGUUGUUGCAGAUCCCGGCUGGGAUGUGGUAAUCGAUAAGAAAAACUUUAAAGUGUGGAGGAGACCUAUCCAGGGAAGUCAUCUCUUUGAAUAUAGAGUGUUUGGUUCAUAUACGGAUGUCACUCCCAGGCAAUUCUUCAACGUACAGUUGGAUACAGAGUACAGGAAGAAGUGGGACGCACUGGUUAUUAAAUUGGAAGUGGUGGACCGGGAUGUCAAUACAGGCAGUGAGGUCGUUCAUUGGGCGACACAUUUUCCGUAUCCCAUGUACUCCAGAGAUUACGUAUAUAUGCGCCGCUAUCACGUCGACAUGGAGAAUAACCUGAUGAUUUUAGUCUCCAGAGCUGUUAAACACCCCAGUGUCCCUGAGAUUCAGGAAUUUGUCCGUGUUCAUUCUUACCAGUCUAAGAUGGUCAUCCGGCCACACAGGUCAUUCGAUGAGAAUGGCUUUGACUACCUGCUGACUUACAGCGAUGACCCUCAGACAGUGUUUCCACGCUACUGCGUCAGCUGGAUGGUAUCGAGCGGCAUGCCGGACUUCCUUGAGAAGCUGCACACUGCUGCUCUCAGAGCUAAAAACAUGAAUGUGGGUGUCCACGACUACGUCAGCGUUGUCAAACCGUCUCAAAUCACGCAGGAACGACUAGGUGCUGACAACACUCACACUGCCGGCCCAAACCAGAUUUACGCCUGAGCAAGAGCCACUGGAUAUGUGACCCAAAACAACAUUCUUGCUUGUAGGGUCUGUAAGAGAAGGCACAAAGAAAUUCAAAACGUCUCUUCACAGUUUUUUUUUUUGUUUGCCAUUUGACCUGGCCUGCACCAGAUAUUCUACCGCUUGGUUACGUCACCCAGUUUUUGCAGUGUUAGUUUGCUUCCUCUUUAGAGUGCAUCUAAGCCAAACUGCUGAGUGACAAACAUUACAAACAUCUAUUAAUUGAAGACGAUCCUGCCAAAGCAGCAUUUUCCUUUACGUUUUACACGCAUCAUUGUAAUCGAGCGUGAGGUCGAGGUACUCGAAGACGUUCAAGUUUGGAAAAACCAUAGCGUGCAAUCUCAAGUUCAGGAAGUUGACGCAAAGCCACGGUUUUCCUUUGUGGUGGAUCUCUCUAGGUUAUACUGUGAUUUUAUGCCUAGAGCAGAACCAGACUUAAAAACCCUGUUACGUGUGUGUGUGAGAACGUUCACUGGCAGUAAAACCCAAAACAGCCUUCACGGGAUCACUGAUACCUCUUGUGGAAACAACAGAGAGGCGUGUCUUAUGGCAACCGCAACAUCCUCACUAGCAGGCUUGGCUUCCUCCUGCGCUGUCGAGGGCUGUCUGAAGUUUUUUCUACUCUCAUCUCAGCAUCUGUCUGCUACACAUCACAUUUUGAAAAUCGGUGAUGGCGACUGACUCUGUAGAGAAAGUGACACUUAAGUUGGCACACACUGAGGCUUCAGCAGCUGUUGUGCAAGAGCAAGUUUGGGGAUUUUUGUGUCUGGGAACCCACUGGAAGGGGAGUGUUCGGUGUGUUAUACACGUUUAUGCAUAAAGAUAACAAAAAAUACCUUGUUCAAAAAUGAAUUGGUACAGUCUUCUUCAAUGAGAUUCAGUAUUCUGAUAGACACGAAUGAAUUAACUUUAGUCAGAUGAUGCAGAAAGUAAGUCAUUUGAUAUUUUACAAUAUUUGCUCGCAAAUUAACUCGUGGUCCUCAAAUCGAAAUAUUUAAGUCUCAGUUUAUGAGCUUUUACAUUGAUUUGUGUCAAAGCAUUCUUCAAGUUACAGCAGUACUUCAUUUGCAUGACAAGCCAGAAUCAAGGUUACGUAAAUCAUCGAAGGAAAUUCAGAAGUACACGGCAAAUUGAUUUUGGCCUUUGUUGUCCUGUGAUGUCUGCAGAGGAGAAUUGAAAAUGAAGACGGCUCGAGGGCUGUUAAGUCUCAAGGUCAGAUUUUACUUUGAGGAUUUGUGCAAAUCUUGUGUAGCUGUCCUCAAUUCGUCCUUAGUUAGCACUUGGCAUGACCAAUUCCUGAACGUUAUAUUAGAUUACAAGAGUGGUUCGUGAACAGUUUAUUAUGAUUGUAGUAGUAAAAAGGCCAUACUUACAGAAAUAAAUAUGAGUUGCACUUAAAUGACAAAAGAUGACGAGUUGCGCCAGUGAUUAUGAUUUAUUGUUAGGAAUUACAAAAUGAGUGCGAUUUCUAUAUACUCAACCAUCUGCUGUUUAUUAAAAGCAUAGAUAACCAUUUGUUUGCUGUGCCGUUAUGUGUGAGCAAACAUUUUUGUGUUCUUUUUUUGUAUUUUAAAUUGACAAUUUCCAGUCAUGGUCCUGUUUGCCAACUGUUCUAUUGGGUUUCAUUAUAAAAGCGGCUGGAACAUUUUUGUGGCCCGUUUACAUCAUAUUCAAGAAAAAAGUUGCAAAAAGACACUCUUUUUUGCAAAUUUUGUCGUUCCUUUUUGUAUUUGAGACACUAAAAGCUUGAAUACAUUUUAUCACGAUGGAUCUUGUGAUGGCAGUGUCAUUGGUCUCAGUCAAGGGUUUAAAUAGGAACCUUGUCAUUUUGCAUCAUUCUGAAGAACCAUAGCAAAAAAUAACAGUAUCAGUUUAUCAACAGACAGAUAAUAACCAUUUAAUGUUUGUCUGCUUAUCCCGAAAAUGAUUGUUGAGCAUGAUUAAUGCAUUCAGCUUAUUUUUUAUUACCUGAACCUUGUCUGAGAUCUUACAUUUGUAAUACUACACUGAAGUGCAUUUCAUUGAUGUUAGAGAAAAGUCUGCUUAUGAUUUAAUAGUUAAAUCAUCUUAUGGCACAAUGAAACGUGACUCAACUGCAGUUUAAUGCUCUUGAUUGCUUUUUCACAUUUUCUACUAUAUGACAUUCUAGAAUUGUUCGGCUGUAAUCUCGAGUGAAUUAAGGCUGGAAUCAUUUAUGAAUGAGUGAGUAGAUACAGUUUAAAGCAUGAGGGUUUUUGCUCUAAUGUGAAAUCGAUCAUGUAAUUCACUAAUUGGUGAUAAUAAAAUGAAUUC